AUGAACGUAGCCAAACCAAUGUCCCUGAAACUUGUCCAGUGGAGCAAAACACAUCAAAGCUCUUGGCUAAUCAAAAAUUGUUCCUUAAUGGUUUUCUUGGAAAUGUCUUUAUGGCUAAAUCCUGCAAUCUCUCGAUGGAUAUUGAUUGGGUGGAACUUGUAUGCCCUAACUGUUUAUCACUCCUGGGAGCUUGUCCUUUUGAUAAUGGUGCUGCACCCAUUGAUGGUGCAGUUCGAUUAUUCAAAUGCUACAUUUCAGCUUGUUCAUCAGCUGGUGGACCAGGGGACUUAUUCAGGAAAUAUAGCUUGGAAAGCAUGUUCACUAAUCAGCUACUGGAAAAUGCAAAAGAUGAAUUGUCAUUUCGGACUUUGGUUAGAGAUUUAAAAACUAAGUCUCCCUUGUUGCAAAUCGUUCUGCUAAAUCCAAAUUCUUGGUGCUGUUCUGGUUAUUGCUUGGACACUGCUAGUGCAGCAGAACCUAGUCUAAAGUUAGAUUUACUCCCUGUUAUCAAGGUCAACUUUUCUGAUUGUGGUGAAACUGCAGCAUCUCAGUUUAGGUCCAUCUCAAUUGAGCUCAUGAUUGUCUCCUUCCUUUUUUAGCACGAUAAGCUCAUUAGUUUUCUGAAUGGCUUAACAGAUUGCAU